GUCGUGGUAAAAUUGUUUACAUCAACAAUAACCACCUGCCGCCAUUAAGACGGAGUCUAAUAUUUCCAGUUUUCAGGCGUUGUUUGAUGUUUACAAGACGAAGUCGACGCGAAUCCGAUUUAAUGGUCUGAAAUGUCUGUUCUUGAUGAUAGAAAUGCUUAUCUGAAGAGUCCCUAUUUUACUAAAAGUGAAUACGGAGAUUUUACCCCAUUUUACAUUACAGUUACUAUCUGUACAGUCAUUGGAUUGUCCAUAUUUAUUUUGAAUAUAGUUUUUGGUUGCUGCUCCAGAUACUCUGGCUAUUGGUCUGAUCGCUACACAGGCAAUCGUUGGAUAGUUUCACUUUGGACCACAACACCACAUUUACAACCGGCCUUAGAUUACACCGAACUGCAAGAAAUAACAGUGCCUUCCCAACAAACAGUAUACCACUCACCAAGCACAGCACAACCAAAACUUGAGUAUUUAGAAUUACAGAAACGUGAAAGUGACAUUUAA